AUGACUUCAACCUUCAAAACAUCUUUUCCCAUCACUCACAUAAACACCGUCUCGGCCAUAUUGCAUAUAGAUGGCAUCAACUUCCUCAUAGAUUCCUUCUUCUCUCCGGCCGGCACAGAGUGGGAUAUGGGCCUAACCGUGCUCCAAAACACAAAAGGCCCGGCCACACAACUCGAAGACAUCCCCGUCAUUGACGCCGUGCUUCUAAGUCACGAAGAUCACCCGAUAACUUGGACGAACUCGGUCGGCGCCUUCUUGACGGCCGCAGGGUUCUCACGACGCAAGACGGAGCCCAGACUCUCGCGCCUCGUCCUGGACUUUAAGGUCACUGGGGUACCCUGUCAGCAUCUUCCCGAAGGUGAAGUGAUUGGCUUUGUGCUGAGAGCAGCCACGUUUGGAGAAACAAAUGGCUUGCCCAACGUCAUUUACAUCCCUGGCGACACAGUCUACCUCUAG